CUUACUUGUCUAUUCAAAUAUCCCUCUUAACCACCUACAUUAAACCCGAGAUCGUUUACAAUAAAUCACCCAAAUUGCCGACAUAAAUCAAACAAUAACCGCGAUAUUCGAUCCGAUGCCCAUCAUAAGCUUUUAGAGAUCCUUUGUGAGGGUAAGAGCCCUGAGUCUGACAUAACGUGUUAUCAAAUAAAAGAAAGGUGUGAAAAUUCACAGGCGGUUUGUAGGCCCCUCCUUCCUAAGAUGGCGUUGCCCCCCCUACUUAUUAAACAGCCAGUAGCGAGGCGGGAUUCGGUGUUGUUCGUACCUACAGAAACUGUUUGGCACCACCUAUUUUCGAAAGCAAUUAUCAGUUCACGCGGCGAUGAUGCAGCACCGGAAUCUCAGUUAGUAUGGUCUGUUAUACCUACUGACGUGGACCUAAUUUUAUUUAUUAUAUACUAUGAAAAUUAUAAAUAAUUGAACAAUAAUUAAAGUAUAUAAAUAAUUGAACAUCUCAUAGCAGUAAUUAAAAAUUAACAAUGGAUUUUAAUCACAUAUCCAGCACUUGUGAAACCGAUGCCAUUUUAAAAACAAAUGAAAAUUAUAGUGUUGUGUGUGAUCUUCGCAAAAAUCCGGUUGAAGACGGCGAAUCCGUAAGCGACAAUGAAAGUGAAAAUGAAACUAUUGAUGUUAUUUGUGAAAACAGUGAUCGCGGGAGGUGCAAUGAAAAAAUACGAAAUAUAAUUCAAAAUCCGUAUAUUAACGAACAUAGGGGUAAAUAUUACGAUCAGACUCGUAUCGUAGUGCCUGCUAAACUAAGAAGUGACAGUGUAAUAAAUGCUAAGAGUAAAACUUUUUUGAUUGAUAGUAUUUUAGGAAAUAAUAAGUGCAGUAAUGAAUCUAGAUCGCAAUCUGAAAAUGAACAAUUUGAGGGAGCAGCUGAUGAGCAUAAUGUUUCAUCGACGUCGUGUCCGGAGCUGAGCGCGCUGAGCGAGGGGCUGCUGGCCGGCCAUGCGUACGCGCAUUGGCUGGCGGCGCAUCAGCCCUCCACGACCUUCUUUGAUGAAAAAAACAACAGACGGCCGCGGCGUGCUGGGCCGGAGCGUAAGCCUCGCCAGGCCUACAGUGCCAAACAGCUCGAACGACUGGAAUCCGAAUUCAAACUAGACAAGUACCUCAGCGUCUCCAAACGUAUGGAACUAUCCAAAGCCCUUGGCCUCACUGAGGUCCAGAUCAAGACCUGGUUCCAAAAUCGACGGACAAAGUGGAAAAAGCAGCUGACGUCUCGGCUGAAAAUUGCGCAGCGACAGGGGUUGUUUCCAGGCCAGAUAUUUGGACACGCAUCACAAGCGUAUUCGCUGUUGAAUCCGUAUGCCUAUGCCCCGCUUAGUUGUGUGUUUACCCCAGUAACAUUGCCGUCUAGUCCGCCAUAGGGUUGUGAACUUAAAGUGUUGGUUACGUUUGAAAGUAUAAAAC